GUGUAAACAUGAGAAAGAAGGUUGAUGAUCGAAUUCGCUCCAUGAUUCAAAAGGGAGUGAAGAUGAAAUAUCGUUCUUUUUUUGUUAUAAUUGGGGAUAAGGCUCGUGAUCAGGUGGUUAAUCUACAUUAUUUGUUGAGUAAGGAACUAAUGAAAUCUGGCCCAAGUGUCCUGUGGUGUUACAAGAACAAGCUAGAGAUUAGCAGGGAGAAAAUUUUGUAUGUUAGAAUUGAAAGAACCUAUUAGAUAUGCUUCUGGCGAUCAUUUAGAGAGUUGGCUUAAUAGUUUACUUUGCUUGGAUGUUACAAGUUCCGUGCCACCCAUCUCGAGGCUUCCCCUACCUAGUGAGUGCAACUUAUAUUAUGUGAAUCGAGACACUCUCUUCUCCUUUCACAAAGAUAGUGAAAUUUUUCUUCAGCGGAUGAUGGCUCUUUAUGUUGCAUCUCACUACAAAAAUUCUCCCAACGAUCUUCAAUUAAUGGCUGAUGCUCCAGCUCAUCAUCUCUUUGUGUUGUUAGGUCCUGUUGAUGAGUUACAAAAUGUUCUCCCAGAUAUCUUAUGUGUUAUACAGGUUUGUUUGGAAGGACAAAUUUCUCGUAAUUCUGCAUUACAGAGCUUGCAAAUGGGUCGUCAGCCACCUGGGGAUCAAAUUCCGUGGAAAUUUUGUCAAGUAUUUAAGGAUACGGAUUUUCCAAGUCUCUCAGGUGCACAUGUUGUAAGUAUAGCCGUUCAUCCUAGUGCUUUAAGGGAGGGAUAUGGGUCGUCCGCCAUGGAACUUUUGACAAGGUAUUACGAAGGAAAAUUAACAAAGCUUAGUGAAGGAGAAUGUGAGAAUGUUUCAACCACCAACGAAAAAGUUGUUGAGCAUGCCAAAAAGGUGUCUUUGCAAGAAGAAACCAUAGUCCCUAAACAAAAUCUUCCCCCACUGCUUGUUCCUGUUUCUGAACGUUUACCCGAAAAGAUUGAUUACGUUGGUGCUUCAUUUGGACUCACAACCGAGCUAUUUGGCUUUUGGAAGAAACUUGAGUUUCUUCCAUUUUACAUUUCUCGAAAUCCAAAUGACAUGACUGGUGAGUGUAGCUGUAUGGGGCUCAGGCCAUUGAAUCUUGACCAAAUAAUAGAUGAUUGUUCUCAGCCUCAUGGACUUACCACUGCUUUCUAUAAACGGUUUAGAAGUAAGUUUAUCCUUGAUGUUCCUCAUUUCUUUCGAGAUCUCGACUACAAGGUAGUUAUGAGCAUCUUGGAUCCGAAGAUUAGUUUCUCCGAAGUUGAAUAUGUGGCAUCUCAAGGAAAGGAAAGCUCAAACUCACUCAUUGAUCUUGCUAGUUUUGGUGAAUUGGAAGCAUAUGUUAAUAAUCAAAUAGACUACAAAGAGGUCUUUCAUGUUGCAACUAUGCUUGCUCAAAGCUAUUUUGAUGGAAAACUAGGAGUCACAUUAUCCGCUGUCGAAGCUUCUAUAUUAUCAUGCAUUGGCUUGCAACUCAAAGAUAUAUCAAGUCUUGAGGUCAAUAUGAAAUUAGGAAGGACACAUGUCUUGUCUAAAUUCUACAAGUUGAUGAAGAAGUUUUACCAGCAUUUCAAGGACCUUCUAAUGAAAGAGAUGGGUACACGUUUUCCUCAACAAAAGGAGGUAAUAUUAAAACCACACGAGAUUUCGGUUGAUGCUGACCUCUACGAUGGAGCCCAACAAGUAAAUAUGAUCUGAAAGCAAUGGGAGUUGAUAUCGAAUUGCAUAAAUAUGGGAUUGAAAAUAGAGAAGGUGAAUUGAAGCAGGCUCUUCAACAAUGCAAUUCAUUAUCAAAAAGUGGUCUUAUUAGUGUCAAAUCAUCUUCUCAACCCGAUAAGUUGGAUAUGGGCGUUACAAGUUCCAAGAGAAAAAGAAAACAUUGACGUAGUUUUGUUAAUUUAUAGCUUAAUGUAAACAAUUUGUAGAUUUAGAUUUUAUUUUCCUCGUAUUAUAAUUAUUCUUUUAAUUUUUACCCAUCAUCUACUUUUAAGAUGGGAAUAUCAUGUAUAUAUAUUGAAUCAUUUCUAGGUGCAUUCUUAUACAUUGAUUAAACUCAUGAAGAUUAGCUUAUACAUUGAUUAAACUCUCCUUCUGUCUAUUA